AUGGCUUCAUCUGCAUCUUCUUGCUUGGUGACUACUCCAACUUCAACUUCCAAUGAAAAUCAAACUGGAAAUACAAAUCACCCACCAACUUAUACACCUUUAAUUUCUAAUGGGCUCGAUACUGUCAAGCCUUCAAAUGCUGAAGCAUUGCCACAAGAAACCAAAGCCAAUGAUUCUACUCCCAUAGAAGAAGAUAAAGCUAGUGAGAUGACAAGUAAAGUGAGAAGCAAGUUGAAUGAAUUGUAUGAUCAAUAUAAAUUGCUUUACCAAGAAAAUGUUGCACAUAAGGAUGAGACUCAUAAUCCAAGUGAGAUGGAGAUUGAUAGUAAUGAAGUAAAUUUUGCUACUGCUUUCACAACUGGAUUCAUGAAACUUGUGGAGAAAACUUAUGGUGAAGAGUCCAAAACAGAAGUUGAUAGUACUGGUAGUCACAUUCUAGAUCCUUUUUGGAGUUCAUUAUCCCAAAGAACAGUGGAGAUGAAAUGGAAGAAAUUGAAUCAGGAAUGGAUGUAA